CCGCCGGCGCCGCGCCGACUCCUGCACCGCGCCCGACACACCGUUCCGUUCCAUGGAUGUUGAUGAUAUUGUACUGUUAUCAUGCGCCAUCGCGUACUCGACGCACGAGUACGUCGGUACACCGGGAUACCUUCGGUGUAUUGAUCCGCCUUAGACGUCCCUUCUGACUUCUGGCAGAGUAAGGUUUCGAGUAGACGAUCCGGUCUCCGGACGCAGCUGCCCCGGCACCGAACCGGAUCGCGACCGACCCGCAGCCGGGUCCUAGCCUAAACCGGGGGCGCCUGUUCUGUUGCAGCGACACGAUGGAGGGCGGCGCGGGCGUGGCGUCGCUGGCGCUGGACUGCGAGGACAUGUUCAAGGAGAUCACCAAGAAGCUGUACGGCGAGGAGGCGGCGGCGGGCGGCGUGGAGUUCCCGGGCGCGGAGGCGGACGAGGAGCUGCGGCCCGAGGAGCACAUCACGGCGUGGGGGCUGGCGGCGCUGAUGCAGAACGGCUUCCCGCCGCCCGGCAUCCUGCAGGCCAACUUCGCGCCGCGCACCGACCCCACGGCCGAGGACCGCUGGACGGCGGCCGACGAGCCGCUGGCGUGGGCGCACUCGCGCGUGGCGGCCUACAACCCGGCGCAGCGCCUGUUCAAGUGCGCCGACUGCGAGUGCGUGGGCUUCCUGGCGCGCGUGGCCGAGCACUGGCUGGGCACGCACGCGCAGGCGCGCGCCUUCGCCUGCCCGCUGGCCGGCUGCGGCUUCGCCAGCGGCUGGGCGCGCGCCGUGCGCCAGCACCUGGCGCGCGCGCACCACUCCGACCCCGCGCAGGCCGACCAGCUGCUGCGCGACAACCCCGCGCUCGACGACCUCACGCGCUACCUGGCGCGCCUCAAGAGCAAGGUGGAGGCGCGCCGCGACGCGCCGCCCGCGCCCGCACCCGCCAAGCGCUACGCGUGCGCCGCCUGCCCCUACGCCACGGACCGCCGCGACCUGUUCACGCGCCACGAGAACAUCCACCGCGACGAGAAGCCCUUCCACUGCUACCUGUGCGGCAAGCAGUUCAACCGCGCCGACCACGUCAAGAAGCACUUCCUGCGCAUGCACCGCGACCAGCCCUACGACCUCAACCGCAUCCGGCGCGCGGCGGCGGCGCGCGUGCCCCAGGCGGCCGCGCCGCCCGCCCCCGUCGUCGCGCCCGCCGCCGCGCCGCCCGCCGCGCCGCGCGUCAAGCCCGAGCCGCCCGCGCCCAAGCCCGCCAGCCCCGUGCGCCGCAAGGGCGAGCGGCGCUACGCGUGCUGCUACUGCGCGUGGUCCGGCGUGGACAACUGGUGCCUGAAGCGGCACCUCAACACGCACCUCAAGCCGUUCGCGUGCGCGCUGUGCGAGUACAAGGCGGCGCGCGCCGAGCGGCUCGCCACACACGUGCACAAGGUGCACAACAAGAAGGCGUGCGCCAAGUGCCCGUUCCUGGCCGACGACCAGCCGGCGCUGGCGGCGCACCUGCGCGACGCCCACCACAUCGAGAGCCGCAACCUGAAGGUGCCGUCGGGCGCGGCGCGCGGCUCGGUGGCGCCGGCGGCUACGGUGCCCGCGCCCGCGGCGGCCGCGCCCGCGCCGCAGCCGGCGGGCGCGGCGCGGCGGCGCGAGGGCCGCGCGGCGGGCGCGGCGCGGCUGUUCGGCUACCUGGAGGCGUCGGACGGCUCGGGCGACGAGUUCGAGGCGCCGCUGGGCGAGGCGUUCGCGCCGCACUACGCGCGCGACAAGGAGAACGCCGCGCCGCCGCUGCCGCACGCGCUGCACGACCACUGCCUGCGCUACUAGCGCCGCACUCACAUUAUAGCGCAUCUCUGUACCACU